AUGGCUCCCAAGCGCCCCCUUGACUCGGGCGAGCUUGCUCCAGAAGCCAAAAAGCUCAAACGUGGAUUCAGAGUCGGGCCAGACAAUCUCCCCGAUGGUGCUUGGCGACGAAAAGUGACCAAAAUAAAAAAGGACCUGAUUCACAAGGCCAAAGUCAAGAAGCAGUAUGGAAAAAUCAAGGCUCGUGAGCAGCAGAAAUCCCCGGCAGGGCUGAGGGGGGAGGACGCCGAUGACGACGGAGCCGACUCGGGUCGCGGUAUGGACGGCCAGCCGAAUCAGGAGGAAGAGGAUGAGCAAGUACAGAUACACCCUGCACGAGAACUCAUGCUCAAAGACGAGGAAAUGGCCCAGGCUGGCGCCACUGCCGGUGAAGCCACCACGAGUGAUGGCUCGAGGCGACGAACCAGGAGGCCAGGCUACUACGAUAAACAGCUCCAGAAAGCAGAAGAGCGAAGGAAAGAGAAGGAGGAGCGGGAACUGGAGUUUCAGCGACGGGGGGAGGAGAGGGAAAGGAAGCUCGCAGAACGGCAGCGAUUCAAAAAGGCCAUGGCCAGAACAGUGGGGAGAGACGGCAAGAAGAAGCUGGGCAGAGAGAGCGCGAUUCUGCUAGACAAGGUCAAGAGGUUGAUGGCUGACAAGUAA